AUGUCGGGGGACGAGAGGAGAUCUGAGGCCGCUCUCACCGAGCUGCUGCGCGGACACGGCUGUGUCGACACAGACUCCCCCGGGCCUGACGAUAUCUUCGAGGAAGACGCCUACUCUCCUUGCUCCCUCUCCUCGUCCUCCUCCUCCUCCGUCCACGCUGUGUCCUCCCUUCAUGGGGCCACCCUGUGCACCUCCUGCGGCCAGGAGAUAGUGGACCGGUACCUGCUCAAGGUGAACAGCUUUUGCUGGCAUGUGCGCUGCCUCUCAUGCAGUGUGUGUAAAACAUCACUUGGUCGACACGUGAGCUGCUUCAUCAAAGAUAAACAGGUUUUCUGCAAACUCGACUAUUUCAGGAAGUAUGGGACUCGUUGUGCACGUUGUGGCCGUAACAUACACUCUACUGACUGGGUGCGUCGGGCACGAGGCAGCACCUUCCACCUGGUCUGUUUUUCCUGCACCUCUUGUAAACGCCAGCUGUCAACUGGAGAGGAAUGUGGAUUUCUCGAGAACAGGGUCUUUUGCCGGCCACACUAUGAUAUUAUGAUGGAGAAUAUCAAACGUGCUAAAGAAAAUGAGCAACCCAAAACAGAGGAUGAGUUGGCAGACAAAGAUGAUUCCAGUAACAUGCCAAGACCUGCUAAGAGGGCCAGGACCAGCUUCACUGUUGACCAGUUACAGAUAAUGCAAACUCAGUUUGCUAAAGACAACAACCCAAAUGCCCAGACUCUCCAGAAACUGGCAGAGAUGACUGGUCUCAGCCGAAGAGUUAUUCAGGUGUGGUUUCAGAACUGCCGAGCUCGUCAAAAGAAACAUGUCUGCCCACAUCAUGCUUCCUCAUCGAUGUUGACAACACUUGCCCCUGGUCAACUGACACCACCUUUGAUGGAGGAUCUGCAAUAUACAACAUUUAUUUCCCCAGACACACCGCUCCUCACUACAUUGACUUACAUGGACGUCCAAACUCCAGAUCCAUUGUUGCUUCAGCCAAUUAUGUCCCACUCCAUGACACAGCUGCCAGUCAGCCAUGCCUGA